CUCAUCACUCUCUCUCUCUUCCUCUCUGAAACAAUCGCUGGAAUCGCACAGUUAUAUGAAAGAUUCGCCACUGCUUUCUCUCUCGGAUUUCAAGCAUUUUCCGUCUUGACAAUGGAGAUCGUCGAAUCUUGGCGUUCUUCACUCUAGGCAUAGAAGAUACCUCUCAAGCUCUCCCGCCAUCUCUAUGGCCAUUCGAGGCGUCGAUUUCAAGUGGUACGAUGGGUUCUUUCUAUCUAUGCUCGCGACGAGUGUAGUUAUUGUUGCUAUUAAUUGGAAGCGCUACCAUUCUUGUACAUACCCAUUGCACAUAUGGAUUGUGGUUGAUUAUACCACGGUGUUUGCUUUUCGUCUGUUGAUGUUUGUGGAUAAUGGACUUGCAACCGGAAUGGGUUUGGAUUUUGGGUGGCAGCAGAGGUAUGCUCGUUUUUGUGGAAGACUAGUGGUACUUUCAAUUCUUUCUCUGCUACUCUAUCCGUUUCUAUGGGCUUGGACAGUAAUUGGUACCCUGUGGUUUAAACGAGCAAGAGACUGCUUGCCGGAACAAGGUCAGAAAUGGGGUUUCCUAAUUUGGUUACUCUUUAGCUACUGCGCACUCCUCUGCAUUGCCUGCAUAUCAUUUGGCAAGUGGUUGACGCGAAGACAGGCACACUCAUUACGUGCACAGCAGGGAAUACCUAUAUCAGAGUAUGGGGUUCUUAUUGAUAUGAUUCGUGUCCCUGAUUGGGCAUUUGAAGCCGCAGGUCAAGAAACAAGAGGCAUGGGCCAAGAUGCUGCUGCCUACCAACCUGGACUUUACUUGACUCCAGCUCAGAGAGAAGCAGUUGAAGCACUCAUUCAGGAACUCCCUAAGUUCUGCCUAAAGGCUGUUCCGACUGAUUGCAGUGAGUGUCCCAUCUGCUUGGAAGAGUUCCAUGUGGGCAAUGAGGUUCGUGGCCUCCCUUGUGCGCACAAUUUCCAUGUAGAAUGCAUUGAUGAGUGGCUUCGCUUGAAUGUAAAAUGCCCUCGAUGCCGCUGCUCUGUUUUCCCUAAUCUUGACCUCAGUGCUUUGUCCAAUCUCCGUGCCGAGUCUGAGCGGUCAUCUGCCAGUGUUAUGACUGCUAACCGGUAUGUUAGAGAACAACCUCCCAGUCAGAGCUAUUUGUUGAGAUUGCACAGUAUGCUUCGACCGGUCCAUACAGGAAAUGCAGGAGCGGGAAAUGAUGCAGAAAGUGCCUUGGAAACUAUGGAGAAUGGGGGUGUGGCUAUAGCUCAUCGGGAUGUACCAAGCAUAGAGCUGGUGACUUCUAAUGCACGUGUACCUGUUGAUCAGUCCACUGCACCACAACGCUAAGCUCUUUACCGCAUUAUUUUUCACAAAUUUUAACUACAGUUUCUAACCCUGUUGCCGAGGAAAGCUAAAUGAAUAUAAACUCCAUACCUGGCCAUCACGUGGUAUUAUUGCUAUGGCCGCCGUCGCAUACUAAGCUCAAGAAAUUGUAUUUUGUAAAUGUUAAUGAAGGAAUUUGCUUCAUUGCUUCUCAAGAUCAUAGAUUCUUGGAAAUGAGAGUAAAACAACACCUUUACUCUGUUUUUUGCUUAAUUAACGUUACAUUAGUUUUUUAGUUU